AUGGUCGCGGCUCCUCUUCAACAUCACAUGUUUGGGGCUGCGCGCCAUGGUCGCUGUGUCUCCACCGCGGCUCCUCUCCUGCGGACUCGCUGCCGCUCGUCUCCCCGUGGCCGCUGCGCUCGCGGCCAGGCUCCGCGCACCCUGCCGCUUCCAUGCCGGGAACGGGACUUCUGUCUGCCUGCCGUCGUCUGCUGCCUCUGUCCACCCGUCUCCCUGCCUCCACUCACGAGCGGGUCUGUUGGAGUCAGCGCUGGAUCCUCUGAGCCUCAGACCCAGUCCCAGCCUCUGUCUGAGCCUCUGGACCUGUUCAGUGAAGCAGACCCCUCGGCCCAGUCCAACACUAACGGGGUUCACUCUGACGACGAGGGCGACCUGUUUGCCGGUGUUCCGGCCAAGCAAGUCCCCGGGGAGCCGGAGGACCUAAAGAGGAUUCCGGGUGCCUCCACUCUGCUGAGAGGGGAGGAGUUUCCUGGAUUUUAUCUUUCCAAUUUAGUAUAG